AUGGGCUGCGCUCCCAGCAUCCACGUCUCUCAGAGCGGCGUGAUCUACUGCCGGGACUCGGACGAAUCCAACUCCCCCCACCAGACCACCACCAUCUCCCAGGGCACCGCGGCCACGCUGCACGGGCUCUUCGUCAAGAGCGCGGCCGAGACCAUCCCCUCCGUCAUCACCUACCAGAGCCGCCACUCGCGCAACAACUCGUGCGGCGAUCGCAGGGAGACAGCGGGCGGCGGCGGCGGCGGCGGCGGGGCGCACGUCCGCAUCGAGGCCGAGACGCAGACCAGCCACACCGGCGUCAAGGUUUCAGCUACAGAAGAAUGUGUCGGACCCAUGAGACUGACCCAAGAGCCCAUUCAGGUGCUGCUGGUGUUCGCCAAGGAGGACAGCCAGAGCGACGCCUUCUGGUGGGCCUGCGACCGCGCCGGCUUCAGGUGCAACAUCGCACGGACGCCCGAGUCGGCCGUCGAGAGUUUCCUGGACAAGCACCACGAGAUCGUCGUCAUCGACGGACGCCACUCGCGCUACUUCGAGCCCGAAGACGCGUGCCGGUUGAUCCGCGCAACGAAGCCCUCCGAAAACACAGUUAUUCUCGCUGUUGUGCCGCAAAAACCGGCCGACCAGGACGAGCCAUCCGUUCUUCCUCUCCUCUGUGCAGGAUUUAACCGGAGGUUUGUGGAGAGCAGCAGUGUGUCGGCCUGCUGCAAUGAGCUCAUACAGAUGGAGCACGGGGAGGUGCGCUGCCAGUUCAAACUCAGGGCUUGUAACUCCGUCUUCACGGCCUUGGAGCACUGUCAGGAGGCUGUGGAGAUCACCAGUGAGGACCACAUAAUACAGUACGUGAACCCGGCGUUCGAGCGUAUGAUGGGCUACCACAAGGGGGAGUUGAUCGGCAAGGAACUCACCGAACUCCCCAAGAGCGACAAGAACCGCGUCGACCUGCUGGACACCAUCAACACCUGCAUUAAAAAGGGAAAGGAGUGGCAGGGCAUCUACUACGCCAGGAAGAAGUCGGGCGACAGCGUCCAGCAGCACGUGAAGAUAACGCCCGUCCUCGGCCAAGGAGGGAAGAUUCGACAUUUCGUGGCCAUCAAGAGACCUCACAUUGACAACAAUAAUCAGGUUCACAAGUUCAACAAGGAGGAGCGAUGCGGCGGGGAACACUCCCAGUCAGAGUGCCAUUCUCUACGUCACCGGGACCGGAGGAAAGACUCCAUCGACGCCAGGUCCAUCAGCUCUCGCGGUAGUGACGCUUCCAGUUUACAGAAUCGAAGAUAUUCCUCCGUGGCCCGGAUUCACUCCAUGACUAUCGAGGCUCCCAUCACAAAGGUAAUAAACAUCAUCAACGCGGCCCAGGAGAGCAGUCCGGUGACGGUGGCCGAGGCCCUGGACCGCGUGUUGGAGAUCCUGAGGACCACCGAGCUCUACUCGCCUCAGCUCGCCGCCAAAGACGAUGACCCCCACACCAACGACCUGGUCGGGGGGCUCAUGAGCGACGGGCUGCGGAGACUCUCUGGGAAUGAAUAUGUCUUCUGCAAAAACAUGAGCCAGCUGGCCAUCCCAGUCACUCUGAGCGACGUCCCUCCGCCCAUCGCCGAGAUGCUGAACGAUGAGGAGUGCUGGGAGUUCAACAUCCUGGAGCUGGAGGUGGCGACACACAAGAGGCCGCUGACUUACCUCGGGCUGAAGGUCUUUGCGAGUUUCGGCGUGUGCGACUUCCUGAAGUGCUCGGACGCCACGCUGCGCUGCUGGCUGCAGCUCAUCGAGGCGAGCUACCACUCCUCCAACUCCUACCACAGCUCCACGCACGCCGCGGACGUGCUGCACGCCACCCACUUCCUCCGCAAAGAGAGCGUGAAGAACAGUCUGGACCAGCUGGACGAGGUGGCGGCGCUGAUAGCGGCCGCGGUGCACGACGUGGACCACCCGGGCCGGACCAACUCCUUCCUGUGUAACGCCGGCAGCGAGCUGGCGGUCCUCUACAACGACACCGCCGUGCUGGAGAGCCACCACGCGGCCCUCGCCUUCCAGCUCACCGCCCGAGACGGCAAGAGCAACAUCUUCAAGAACACGGACAGGAACCAGUUCCGGACCCUGCGACAGGCCAUCAUAGACAUGGUGUUGGCGACGGAGAUGACGAGACACUUUGAGCACGUCAGCAAGUUCGUGAACAGCAUCAACAAGCCGAUGGCGGCCAUCGAGGAGACCAGCAGCGUGAACAGUGACUGUGAAGCUCCGGCCAACAUCAGGAACUCUCCAGAGAACCGUCUGCUGAUCAAGAGGAUGUUGAUCAAGUGUGCAGAUUUGCAAAACCCCUGCAGACCGCUGGAGCUCUGCAUCGAGUGGGCCGGCCGGAUCUCCGAGGAGUACUUUGCACAGACGGAUGAGGAGAAGAGACAAGGGCUGCCGGUGGUGAUGCCGGUGUUUGACCGGAACACCUGCAGCGUGCCCAAAUCCCAGAUCUCCUUCAUUGACUAUUUCAUCACCGACAUGUUUGACGCCUGGGAUGCCUUCGCCAGCCUGCCUGGUCUCAUGGAACACCUGUCGGAGAACUACAAGUACUGGAAGGGCUUGGACGAGAUGAAGUGCAAGAGCCUGCGUCCUCCCACUCCUUCUUGA